UUAGCAAACAGUUCCAGUGUUAUUUAACGCAUAGUGAGCAAGAGCACUGGCUAGUGGCUACUGCGCAUGCAACCGUCUUGAAAGUUCUGCACGUCUUCAGUUAACCACUUUAAUUUCUCUAAACCUAAAAAUGCUUUUGUUAUUAGUUUUCACUGCCAUCGCAGUUGCAGUACUAGGUCCCCUUCCGGUAACCGCGGCAAAUCGCAACUGCACAGCAAAAAACGCGCGCGGUGUUGCAGCGUGCGCGUUUCCCUUGCUGCAGUGGUCCGUUCCAUCGGCAAACUACGAAGACGUCACAGACGCUCAGCUUACCGCAUUCUGCCAAGUUGUACGCGACGUUGUAACGUGUCAGAAGGAAGUGUCCCGACCCUGUACCGAAGGUGCCAUGGCGGUUUUGCAUGAAGCCAUGACCCCUGCUGAAGCGUUGUUGGGGGCGUGCGAUUCCUCUGAUUUCGGGAAAAAUGUACGCACUCUGCUCCGCUGUGUCAGAAAGCUCAAUCAGACGGAAGAAACCAAAGCACUGGCAUGUGCUCAUAAAGCUGCCAAUCAGGCCUUGACAAACAUGCCGAAAGGGAGCAACGGUGACAAUGACAUUAUCAAAAGUUUCUGCUGUAAUGCAAAAGCGUACAUUGCGUGCAGCGGGAGCGAGAUGGCUGAUCACUGCGAUCAAGAAGCACAGCAGGUGUUCGGUAUGGUCAGAGAUGCGCUCUUCGACGUUUAUAAAUGCAACGGCCCACGCGGUGCAGACUGCCCGGCCUGGCCACCGGGACUGCCUAGCGGAGGCCUGAAGUGGGAUUUAAUGUCGCUGAUGCAUCGGGAGGAGACGAAAUCGGUUUCUGCCAAUAUCGUGCUUACUGAUGAACAGUAACCAGUUCCCAUUCUUAAAAGUCUGCUAACUAAAAGUAUAAAAUUUAAAAGAUAAAAAUAACGAUAAUCGUCACUGUUACUGUUAUCCGAAAAUUUUUCGGGUGCAUCCGUGCAUGCAUGCUCCCAAAGAGCAGGCGCAUAUCCUCCAAUCAAAAGUCAAUUACAGCCUAUUAAAAGUAUAUGAACUGAACUGCGAGCGGUCAUGGUUUAAAAACAGUUUAAUAUGUCUUCAUGUUUCUCGUAGAAAAUAUUGUCUUUUGCCUCUUUUUUAAAGAAUAAUAUUUCAUUAGACCGCAGA